CGCUGUUCCCGCCGCAGCGUCAGCAGCACUUCCUGUUCGGUGAAGGACACGCGGACCGACACUUACCGGCUUCUCACACCGAGCCGUGCUUCUUCAGUCAGACAUGGACAGCUUUGAUCAUCUCAGCGCGUCGGAGAAAGCAGAGGCUGCAGAGCUGCAGAAGAUGAUCGAGAUAGAGCAGCACAAGGCUCAGUUUCAGGCUCAGGUGCACAACUUCACUGACGUGUGCUGGGACAAGUGUGUGGACAGUCCUGGCUCCAGGCUGGACCACCGGACUGAGACGUGCCUGGUGAACUGUGUGGAGAGGUUCAUCGAUACCACCCUGAGCAUCACCAACCGCUUCACACAGAUGGUGCAGAAAUGAGCUCACUGCUGAGGAAACAAACCAACACAGACUGUGUGUGUCGUCUGGCGUGUGUGCUCUGUUAGUGAUUUAUAGAAGUGAGGAACAGAAACAGUUUGUGCAGCUGUGAGUCACUGAGGGCUCUGCUCCACACAGGAAGUGCAAACAAACACAGACUUUAAUGUUCCUGAAGACGUCCUUCAUAUUAAAACCUUUACACAUA